UUGUGGUGCUUGUGGUCAAAUUAGUGGUACUUCAAUUUAUUUAAUGUCUCGCUGUAGUUACAGUUCCAUUACCAUUUGGGUUAUUUGUCAAUAUGACAGCGAGUGGGGUGAGGGGGCAGGUGCAUCGUCUGUGUGGCUAUUCUUCAGACAGCAGGUGUCUUAUGCACAAACAGAGAACGAGGAGAGGAGGGGGGUUGGGGGUUGGGAAGAAGGAGAGGGGAUGAGCAACAGGUGGAAUGAGGGACGGAGGAGGAAGGGUUAGGUGGGAUGGGUGGAGUGAGGGGUGUAUUUAAGACGUUGUCCUCUUCAUCAUCCACAUCGGUCACUCUUGCCUUUCCUCUCUGCACCUGACUAGAAGGCCAGCACUCAUCCUCCACUCAGAAUGUCUAUGCCCAACUCAGAGAACGCCUCCACCCUGGAGAAUGCCAUGCAGCUCAUGAUCCAGACCUUCCACAAGUACUCUGGAAACGAGGGCGAUAAAUACACACUAAGCAGGGCUGAGCUCAAAGAGAUGCUUACCGCAGAGCUUGGCAACUACCUUGGGAACGCCCAGGAUAGAGAGGCCGUUGAUAAGGUCAUGGGAGACCUGGAUUCCAACAACGACGGCGAGGUAGAUUUCACAGAGUUCAUCAUACUGGUUGGAGCUCUGACUGUGGCCUGUAACGACUUCUUCCUGGAGUACAAUGACAAGCCAGAGAAGAAGUGAACACAGCCUUUCCAACAAAGGCAUCCACUCUGCGAACACACGCUUCAGGGAGGAAGCAGCUGAAACAGGAGAGAUGCUACACAGAUAAAGAGGAGCCCCUGUCAUGG